ACCUUAUCCUUUCAAUUACCCAUAACCAUGGAAUCCAAGAACGACGACAUUCCUUUUUACGAAUCAUCAGAGUGGGCGGACGUCGUACCUAUACCUCAGGACGAUGGGCCCAAUCCUUUGGUGCCAAUUGCUUACACUAAAGAAUAUUCUACUACCAUGGGUUAUUUUAGAGCUAUUUGUCAGCGUCAAGAGCAGAGUGAGCGUGCAUUAGAGCUCACAAAGAUUGUUAUCGAACUUAGUCCUUCUCAUUACACUGUCUGGCACUAUCGUCAACGGUUGCUCAAGGCAUUAAACAAGGAUUUGACAGAAGAACUUGAAUGGGUCGAAUGGAUGAGCAACGAAAACCCAAAAUCUUAUCAGAUCUGGCAUCAUCGUCAGGUGAUUAUUGAACAUAGUGCGGCUUCGCUCUUCCCGACCUCACCUUCCUCUCCCUCCGCUACCCCCACAUCGGGUUCAGGAAUAGCAACUACAGCAUCUUCGUUAACGACAACACCAACGAUACCAUACCAUGAUCUAUCUGAAUCUCAAAAAGCGACCGUGCUGGAGAUUGUUCAUCGAGAGCUCACUUGCAUUGCUUCUGCUUUUCAAACAGACUCCAAAAACUACCACGCCUGGUCAUACCGUCAAUGGGUCUUGACACAUUUUGGACCUGGUCCUUGGUGGGAUGAAGAGUUGACUUAUAUUGAUGAGCUGUUGACAGAUGACGUUCGGAACAACUCUGCUUGGAAUCAGCGGUAUUUUGUAGUUGCAUUCGGCCCUAAGGAAUUGAGUAAUGAAAUCGUUCAGCGUGAAGUGGAAUAUGCAAAGUCAAAGAUUGAGCGAACUCCUAACAACGAGAGUCCAUGGACCUAUCUUACAGGAGUCUUGAAAAAGGCCCAGCGUCCAUUAUCCGACAUCAAGGAUUUCUGUGAACGCUUGCAUACGAUCCCUCGUGCUAAAUUUUCAUCUCCAUUCUUGCAUUCGACCUUGAUGGACAUUUAUGAACAAGAGGCUAAGGAAAAUAGAUCUGCUACGAGCUUGAUCAAGGCCAAGGAAGCUGCAGACCUUUUGGCCGAGAAGAUCGAUACAAUCAGGAGCAAGUACUGGAACUGGAGAAAGACUCAACUCCAAACUAUUCCUGUCGAUGUAUAAAAAAAGUACAGCUUUGACAGGAAUAGUAUAAAAAGAGUGAUAGUGAUGAAUAUUAAUUGAUAUAAGAUGAAAUUUCCCUUAUAUUAAGAAAAAGAGCCGGAGUAUUUCGUGCCUCUCCUUCUAUACCUCACCCUUUUUGUUCUUGGUCCGCUCUUUCGCCAUGUCAGUACUGGGUAGCGUUAAAAUCAACAUCAAAUUCGCUGAAUAAAUCACCUAAAUUUCCUACCGAGC